CAUCUUAUCAAUUAAUGUUGUAAAGUUGCUAUCCUUUUUUUACCAAGAUAUAAUCGUCAAAGCAUCACCUACGGCCUUAUACAAACCCUUACUAUAUUUUAUAAUCCUUUACAUAAAUUUUCUAUUCAUCUAAAAGAUAACUGUUGCCGUCAUGUUAUUUAAAGACGCCAUCGAUACCGGCUUAGCGCAAUUCGGCACGCGCAGCACUGCUGGCAGUUUGUACAUAUUUAUACCAUUUAUGCCGGCGCUUCAACUACCUCGAUAAUGUUUUCACAGUAGCUAUUAUGAUGAACAGGGAUCGUAACUGUGCGGGGUCUGUUUCCAUGGUAUUUUCAUGGCAUUUUAAGGCAACUAUUCUUAUUUUUUUUUUUAACAAUCUUCUUACCUUCUUUCCUUACAAAACUCUUGACCACAUUACGACUCUGCCUGGUCGCGUACCAUCAUAUAUAGCACCGGUGCUCUUAAUCUAACGAGACCAUUCCAGCAAUCCCAAACUGCGUUACUAACGUUUAUUGAUUACGCUUGGCAUACUAUUUACCUCAUCUUUACUUGCUAGAGCAAAGCAACUAAUAUACGCCGGUCUACUGUCGAGUGCGAAGACUACGAGCAUACGAUGGAACACCGUCAACCAAACCUCGACCACGUAGUGGUACGCGUGAACCACCUAGAUCGAUCAACCGACUUCGUGCUGAACAAUUUCUUGAACGACGCCGGGAUGGCGGCCGUCACACGAGUCUCGAGCCACUAUGACUAUGAACGUAUCAGAAGCUUUUUACAGGCUAACAUCGGCAUACCGCCGACGGAGCCUCUCAUAUUCAGCGGGGCGCAAAGAGUACGUUCUAAGCACGAUCUAGAACUGCUAAUAAUCGGCAUCCAAAUGGGCACAACGAUACUGCCGUCUCUCGGCGAAUUAUCAAUGCCAGGGCUCGUCUUACAAUCGGAAUCGUCUGCCGGUGAUAGUGAAAACGAUAACCGACCGGGAGCAGGCGGCAAAAUAUACGACGUGACGCCGCAACGACCCCCCCAAAACCCCGUGUGGAAAGACAAUACGGUGCACGGGAAGUUCGAUACCGCCGACGCUCCCAGAUCAGCGAACCCAGCCAUCAUGGGCAGCCCCGAUUCUCCUACCAAACGGGAGCGCCCCGAGCAUCCUAAACAACCCGUCGCCAAACGCCAGAAACAUCCUGAGGUUAUCGAACUUUCUGACGACGAAAGUCCCGGGAAAGCAAACUCCGAAGGCGACAGCUCGGAUGACAGCUCGGAUGACCCGGAACGUGCUACGUCCAGCAAUCAUGGUCUCCUAUACGACGACGCCGACGAGGAGGGUUCUCGACAGCAGGUAGAGGAUAUCGGUGGGCAAUUUGCCAACCGUAGCAUCUCCGCGGAGGACUGGAAGAGUGUAUGUCGUAUGUUCCAGUGCCCGGAAGACAGCGCGGAGCACAGGCCUGCCGGGUUCAAACUAGCCAUCUCCGAUUAUCAGCUGCACGCUAUCUGGUGGAAAAUCACACAGUUCCCGGUCAGGGGCGUUCCCGGCGGCUGCCUCGGCGACGAGAUGGGCCUCGGCAAGACCGUCGAAGUUCUAUCCACCUGGAUCAUCUUUGCACGUAUUAAGGUGAAUUACGUGGAAGUGUUGAGAUAUUGGAAAGAUGGUGACGCUGUCGACGGCCGCACGCAUCUCCCCCAGCACCAACAGAAGGAGACGGACCUCACCUGCCCUAGCCAACACAACUCUCCUUACGGUGUGCUUUGCCCUUGUGUCCAGUCCGGGGAGACGUACCUGGUAGCUACGGCGCUACCCUCUCUUCUUACUAUAUGCUUUGCCCCUCCAAGCUCGAUCCAUGGUUGGCGCCGCGAAUUUGAAAAGCUCGUCGACCUCAACGACCUGAUCAUGAGGCACUUGAAGUUUUCAAUCAUGCAUAACGAUUUUAGCGGAGAGGCGUACUACCAUGGCAAAGAUCGUGUUAAAAUGACGACGGCUAAGGCUUGUCGAUGCUAUGUCGAUAAGCGAGGGCAGCCUAAUUGCUAUCUGAGUGGUCAAGAGGGGCUCAGUGACUGGUUCUUGCUAGUCAGUUCAUCCGGAGCACUGGCGUUACUCAAUGCUUAUAACAUAAAGAAAGUCAUAUAUCGGAGCCAAAAAAGCGAUGACGACGAUCAAGCCACUAGCAUGUACGAGGGCAAGGCAUUUACCACCAACGGUCUUGCCGCCGCCUUUGUCUUUUUCGACGAGGCACAUGUUUACAAGGGCUCGUCAUCUAGUCCUACCCAGCCGUUCUCCCUGCUAAGGAAGAUCACACGCAAGUCUUGGGAACCCACCAUCGCCUUCGCCGUCUCCGGUUCCAUCCCAGGCGGUGGUCCGGGCCAGCUGACCAACAUCGUCGACCACAUCCUCUAUGUCAAGGGUGAGCGCGAAAAAGGCACACCUAUGAUCGGCGGCAUUACCCGCGCAGUCGAGCUUGAAAAGAAAAAGAGCGACUGGAACUAUCUACUGCACAAGAAUCACAUAAUCAGCAACCCGAGGACGAAAGCCGAGGUGGAGACGCGCAGAAAAAGUAUGGGCGAACUGAUGAAGAGCCUCGCUCCUAGCAUACUGAUGGCUCGUCGCAAUGCCGACGCGUUUCGCGGCCGACCGAUUGGUGACGACGGCCGGAGAAUCGUCGUGGAACCUAUCAAGUGUAACAUGAUCGACGGGACCGGCCGCGACGCUUUCUGUAAACUGACCGCAAAUGUCCGAGCGUAUGUCAGCCAAGCCCUCGACCAGAGACACAACGCCUGGGUCACCGGGGGAAGGGAUGGGCCCGAACCGACUCAGCGCAGCGUCGAGCUGGAGUUCUUCGGCGGCUCCGGCGGUUCAACGGCCAUAAAGUUGGGGAAAGCUGGCGGUCGGUCCUGGACCCAAUUACUUCGCGCCAAUGUUUAUCCGGCUGUUGCUCUUCUUUAUGUUAGAGAGCUCGUUAAUGAGGACGAAUUUGGUGCUGACAAAAUUAACCGCCACGGUGACGAGGCCUGCGCGUUGGCUGUUUCAGGAGCCGGCCGGUCUAUGCUCAUCGACCGGUUGGCCGAAUCGCCCUUCUGGCCGUAUCGAGCGCAGCUUAGGGAACAGUCCUCCAAGUUUCAACGGCUCUGCGAGUAUGUAGAAGAUAUGGUGGCCUACAGGAAUUGCCGGCCUGACGCGGAUGAUCCUGGGCCUGCUGACGGGACUAAUAUCCGACACAUGGUUGUGUUUACCGACUCUCCCGUUUCUAGCUUCAUGACUUUCAUGCUGCUUUCCAAGAAAUACCCCCAUAUUCAAGUCAUGCUAAUCAACGGGCGCACUCCUACUGUAGCCACUAAGAAGAUACCCGAGUACGGGCGUCGAGAGAUUCUCGAUAACCUGAUGUCGGAUUGUACGAAUGAUUCGCCGAACAAGAUUCUAGUUACCACCUAUCGUAUUUGCGGCACCGCACUCAACUUGCAGCGGGCGAAUUACUGCGUCUUGAUGGAGCCGGCUCGUGAUGCUAAGGAAGAGUGUCAGGCAGCCGCGCGGGUGAAUCGGAGGGGACAGCUUAUGAAGGUCGUUGCUGUGCGGCUAUACGACGACCGUAACCUGUCGGAGGUGCUAAAGCGGGCGCGGCAUCGGAACCAGGACGAUAUACUAUCCUCGCAGGAGCAGGGCAUCCGCUGGGAUAAUUUUGUGCGUUAGACUUGGAUUGGUCAUCGCUCGUGAGCAUCUGACGAUGGAGAUGUCUGUGGCCUGGUUUGUUUUAUUUUUUUUCUUCUUGAGAGGGGAAAAGGUCUACUGGACCAGGUGG